GAAUCGACCGCCGUCAGUUACUCAAGCAGUCGCAGUCGUCCGCCAGAACGUUCAAAACCCGCUCGUCGCCUCUGAAAAGCCAAUUCUUUCGAUUUGGAAAAAUCCUACGCCCAGAAUCUCUGGAUUCCAGAUUCCAAAACGGAAAGGGGAAAAAUCGUGGAAACACACACGCGUAACACACACAUGUGCUGCAACUUCAUGACGACGGAACCGGAACACGUUGCGUGAACAAGAAAAUUCCAGUGACCGAAAAAACGCGAGCGUUAAAACGUUUCGAAAAUCAAAUCAAAAAAAAAAACUUAAUCAAAUUCAACCCGCGCCGCACACAUGACCACCACAUUAACCAUGGUGAAAACGGGUGGUAAAUACGCCAACGAGAAAUUCCUCGGCGUGCGGCAUGUGCAGUGCAUACUGUGCUUCUUCUGCCUGGCGCUGUGCUACGCUUGGAGGGCCAACCUCAGUGUGGCGAUAGUCGCCAUGACGGACAACAGCACCAAGCCGAUCCAGAACAACACCGACCUCAGUGGGGAGGACCCCGGACUUGACCUCUUUGGUUCCCAGAGCGUCUACAACUUCACCAAAAAACAAGGCUCCUGGAUGCUUAGCAGCUUCUUUAUUGGCUACGUUGUGACCCAAGUUCCAGGUGGCUACAUCGCCCAGAAAUACGGUGCCAAGUCGAUUCUGAUGUACGGAUUGACCAUCGCCGCCGUAUUGACGAUGAUAUCGCCGCUUUCGCUGCAGUUGGGUGGCUGGUUUGCCCUGUGCUGUGUGCGAUUCGCGAUGGGUCUGAGUCAGGGUGCAGUGCAUCCGGCCACGCAUGCGCUGCUCGCCAAGUGGUCACCCGCCGAGGAGCGCGGUCUGCUGGGAACCCUCUGCUAUUCAGGAGCUCAAUUCGGAACGGUGGUGAUGUUGGCCACGGCUGGCUUCAUCGCGGACUCCUUCCUCGGCUGGCCGAGCAUCUUCUACCUUGGAGGCGCUUGUGGAUUCCUGUGGGUUCUCUGCUGGUUCAUUUUCGCUGCCAGCACACCCGAGGAGCAUCGCAUGAUUUCACCGGAAGAACUGAAGUUCAUCACGGACUCGCGCAGCGAUGGCAAAAUCCAGUCGGCCGAGAAACUUGCACCCACUCCUUGGAAGGCCAUCUUCAGCUCGGCGUCCUUCAUGUCGCUCCUUGUGGUGCACUGCACCCACAUGUUCGGCUACUGGCUGCUGCUCACCCAGAUGCCCACCUACAUGAAGAACAUCUACAAGGUGGACAUCAAGCAGAGCGCCCUGGUCUCAUCCCUUCCCUAUAUGGCCAUGCUCCUCAUGAGCUUCUUCUUCGUCUGGCUGUCUAAAGUUCUCCAGCGGAAGGAGGGCAUGUCGUUGACCUUCAACCGGAAGAUCUUCAACUCGAUCGGCCAUUGGAUCCCGAUGUUCUCGCUGAUCGCUUUGGGAUAUGUGCCCCAGGAUAAUGCUCCGCUGGCAGUGACCCUGCUCACCUUGACCGUGGGUAUCAGUGCGGCCACCUACUUGGGCUUCCAGGUGAACCACAUCGAUCUGUCCCCCAAUUACGCCGGCACUCUGAUGGGUCUCACAAAUGGAGCAGCAAAUGUUCUUAGUGCCAUGGCUCCUUUGUUCGUCGGCUGGAUGAUCGAGGAUGAUAAAAAUGUGGAUGAGUGGCGUACGGUGUUCCUGUUGGCUGCCGCCUUCUACUUUGUUGGCAACCUGCUCUUCGUGAUCUUCGGACGCACUGAUGUCCAGUGGUGGGACUCCCCGCGGGACAACAAGGACGAUGCCGAGCAGGGCACGCCACUGGCUCCCAAUGUCCAGGUCAAGUAGAGGCUGGCAUUGGUUUACCCAGAUCACUUCCAGAAUCAUCCGGGCUGUUGUUUCGUAGUAGUUUCGUAGGCGUAGUUAGUUAGUUAGACACCAGACGAGCUGAAAGUUAACUUUAGUGACGAUCGCGUGCUUCCAUUAGCGAUAUUAUACGGUAAUUGCUUAGUCCUAAGGCAGCGUAAAUUAUUAUUGUUUGCAGUAUUUUCCAUAAUGUACAUAAUCCAAAAAAAAAAGAAGAAAAAUGAAUCAAACAAACCAAUUAAACUUGCGACUUGAGAAAACGUUCAGUGUAAAUAGGAACAAAGCCCGCGACGAGUGUAUUUGCUGCUGCAACAACAACUCUAGUAAUUGUUAUGUUUUAGUCUUAAGUUAGGAAUUAACAAAAAACAAACUUGUGAUGAAAGAAAGGAAACUAAAAAAGGCAAAAAAGAAUGAUGAAGACAAUACUAGCCAUGAAUAAAACAGCUCAAUUUGCAGCUGCAAGAGUCAAACUGUAACGAAA